CAAAGGAUCUGACUUUUCUCUCUCCUUGAUACCAGCACAUAAGAAGGAAACCACUGGGCUCCUGGUUCUUGCAGUUUGUGAAAGUCAGGUGGAACCUAUUUGCCCUCUGAGGCCACUCAUUCAAGAGGUCAGUCACCUGGGAGAGGCAGAGAAGGCUCCGGGCCUGGGCGUGUGCUAAGACAGAGCUGCGGGAUGGGCUGAGCUGCCACCGGCUCAGCAGGCACUGCCCCCUCACUGAUGCUGAUAGCUGUGCCAGCUGAGGACAGCUCAGGUGCAAAGACCAUCCUGUGUGGCUGUGAGGAAGAGGAAGAGGAAGACACAGAAAUCAGUGCUGCUCCCAACAGCAGAUCAAGGCAGCCCCUGGGAACCCCAGAUCCAGGGGGUCUUUUAGGAGGUCAGGAAGGCUGCUGGAGCUAAGGGCUCUGAGGACGUCGUGUCCAGAACAUACCCCAACCAGGAGUCGGGACAUGCAGCAUCGCGAGGGGGCUACUGGAGCUCCAGCAGGGACUGUGGUAUCCCAGGAGCUGCUGGAAGAGAUGCUUUGGUUUUAUCGUGUAGAAGAUGCAUCUCCUUGGAAUUAUUCCAUGCUUGCCCUGGCAGCUGUGGUGUUUGUAAUAAGCAUUGCCCUCUUGAGAAGGAGCAUCCAGGCAAACAGAAAGCAAAAGAUGCAGCCACCAGAAAAAGAAACUCCAGAAGUCCUAUAUUUGGAUGAAGCCAGAAUCAAGGAUCACAAUAGACUAACCAACCUUAGUGAGAGUUUGCUUUCAGAAAAAUCAAACUUGGCUAAGGUGGAAAAUGAGUUAAAAGACAGAGAAGUCCCAUUGGCUCUCCUUCCACAUGCAUCAGAGUCUGAGAUCUAUUGAGAGUUCAGAGCACCAUUCCCCCCAAGCCAGGUACAUGAUCUGAGCUCAGCUUAGUAGCCUGAAACCUUAGGUUUUACAGCCUGUUUUUUUUUUUUAAUUAGCAGAUACAAUAAAUCAAUUGUAAGCAAACUAAAAUUCUAUUAUUUUUUUCUUGUACUUUUUUU